AUGUCUAAAUUCACCAAAUUAGUCAUCUGCGCCAUUGUCGCCCUCCUCAUAAUUGGCACGGCUUUUGCUGGAGAAGCACGCCUUGUAGCUCGUCAAGACGAACCCUCCGCAACACCAUCAGGUGACGCAACACCAGAAAUCACCCCAGACGCAACACCAGACGCAACACCAGUUGCAACACCAGUUGACGGUAAAGCACCAACUGACGGAAAAGCACCAAAUCUUCCAUCAUCUCCAGCCCCCUCAGGCUCAGUCCCAAUCGCAUCAAAAAUUGCUGAUGCCUUUAGCUCUGCUACAGCCGGAGCAAGCACGUACCCACAACCAACCGGUGCACCAAAAUACCCAACUACCGGCUCCGGCUCCAGCUCUACCACCCCCGCCACAACUCCAAAGUCAGGUGCCGCCAAGAUCGAAAGUGGUUUAUUCAGUGUUGCCGCAAUCGCUUCCUUUGGUUUAUUCUUCUUGUAA